GCCAUGGAGCGGUUCGGGGAGCGGCUCGGGCAGCGCUCGGCGGCCCGGCUGGAAACCCUGCUGCGGCACCUGUCCCCGCGGCUGGCAGCGGCCCCGGCCCCUAUAAGCAUUCCUACUUCAGCCCAAGUCAGUGCUGUUCCUCAUUCAGGGAGGUUUUGCUACACCUUGGACAACGAUCUGCUGACCACAGAGCAGAGGCAGUUCUAUGAAGACAAUGGGUACCUGCUCAUCAAGAACCUCGUUUCUGACGAGGACAUUGAGCGCUUCAGGAAGGAGUUCACGAGGAUCUGUAAAAGGGAGGUGAAGCCACCAGGAGUUAUGAUUAUGAAAGAUGAGUCCCUGAGAUCCCAGUUCGGGCAGUCUGAAAAAGUGGUUAAUAAAGUGCAGGACUUCCAGGAAGAUGAAGAGCUGUUCAGAUACUGCACUCUGCCAGAGGUCCUCAAAUAUGUUGAGUGCUUCACAGGGCCAAACAUCAUGGCAAUGCACACCAUGCUGAUAAAUAAACUUCCAGAUUCUGACAAGCAGACUUUCCUGCACCCCAUGCAUCAGGACCUGCACUAUUUCCCGUUCCGGCCUGCAUCCCGCAUCGUGUGCGCCUGGACUGCCAUGGAGAGGGCUCACCAGGACAAUGGCUGCCUGGUCGUGCAGCCAGGGACACACAAGACAACCCUGAAGCCUCAUGGUUAUCCAGAGCUGGAGGGUAAAACCAACAAACUUUUCCAUGGGCUGCUUGAUGAGGAUGAGAAGAUUCCCAAGGUUCACCUUGUCAUGGAUAAGGGAGACACAGUGUUCUUCCAUCCCCUACUCAUUCAUGGCUCUGGGAUAAACAGGACAUCAGGUUUCAGAAAGAGCAUCAGCUGCCACUUCGCCAGCUCAGAGUGUCACUACAUUGAUGUCAAAAACACGAGUCAGGAGCACCUGGAGAAGGAGCUGCAGGAAAUGGUUUACAAGAAAUACGAUGCAACUUCUGUGGAUCUGAAGGAUAUUUGGAGCUUCCGAGCACGGCUUGUGCGAGGGAAAAGAAUCAACCUGUAGAAGACCUCUGAAGAGCAGGAUGGAAAACAUGAACUCUGAGGGAAGAGCACAGACCCUGCCUGGGCAGGCAGAAUUCCCUUUGUUGACCUCUGUAAUGGUAACUUAGCCAAAUGCUGCAUUGCAAAAUCGUUUUAUGCUAAUUCAGAAUAAUUGCACUGAGCUUGGACAGCUGAUGUAUGUCAGAGGAAACCUAGCCUAGAAAAACAGAUUUGCUGCGGGUGUCUUAGGCAAUUGAAGAAUCAAAGUUGUGAAAGAACACCUUGAUUUUCUUGGUGUUUACAUUCUUGUUGCUUAGAAGUUUUUAACAUGACACACCUUUAGAAUGAUGCUAAACCAAUGUAAGAUUUUAUGUAAGAAUUUUCAGCAUUUCCAACUUCCUUUCCUAUUAAAAAAAAAAUCUUGAGUUCCACACAAGCCCUCAGUGAUAUGGGGAGUUACUAGUGUAGCUGAUGAAGAUGUAGGUGUUGGUACCAGCA